AUGGCCCGCUUCGCCGUCGUCGCCGCCAUCGUGGCCCUCCUGGCCGUCACCGCCGCCGCGCAGGCCCCCGGAGCGGCGCCCAGGAUGGCGCCUCUCCCCGCACCGCCGGCGAGGUCCCCGGCCACCGCGCCUGCGCCGGUCGCCACGCCGCCCACCGCCGCGUCGCCGUCCCCGCUGGCCUCUCCCCCGGCCCCGCCCACCGACGCCCCGACCGACGCUCCCUCCGCGAUGCCCCCGUCCGCGGUCUCCGGCACACCCGAGGGCGCACCUGCCGCUGCCCCCAGCGGCACCCCCGCCAGCUCCGCCGUCUACACGUCCUCCGUCAGCUUCGUCGCCGUCGCCGGCGCGGUCGCCGCCGCCAUCGUGUUCUAG